CGGUUUCGACAGUGAAUCUCGGAGCUGAGCAGUUGGAGGUUCGUUCUGUGAGGGCAGGUUGUGGAUUGCUGGAAAGGACGGAUUCGUGGAUUGGCAAUGGCGAUGGUUGGCGUGAUUUGAGACUCUUGCGCAAUUGGGGGAGAAGAAAAUUGGAGAUGAGGACCUUGAAAGAUGUGCUUACACGGUAAAAACAGAUGUAAUGCUCGGUAAUGUUUAACUCUGUGUCAUUUUAUGGCAUACAAAUCAUCUGGCAGCAACAUGGAAAAAGGGAAUCAGAGAAUCGUUGGCAGCCCCUACGAAGCGUUAUCGGGUGAUGAAGAAAACAGCCCUUACCUAUGCCCUUCCGCAGGCAUCUACGACAGGCCUCUGCCUUGCUGUGGUUGCGGAAUCGGCUGGUUCUCGUUUCUGAUGGGCUUCAUCUUCCCCUUGUUAUGGUACUAUGCCACGAUUCGAUUCUUCUGGACCCAACGGCACAACGACCCCAGGGAACGGCCAGGUCUGGCAGCUUGUGCAAUCGCUGCACUUGUGGGUACCGUGACGUUGGUCAUUGUUCUUAUAGUCCUGUUCGUGCAACAUGAAGGCUUUGUCGUCCUCCUCUCUUCAACUACAACCUGAAACGUAAGCCUUGAUGCACUUCAGACAGUACUUUGUGCCACCAGUGUGAUCUGCUGUGUAAUUAACUAUGAUAGUCAGCUUUGUAGCCAUCACGUACUACAGGGGAAGUUUGUCCCAUUCUUUGGUUUACAACAUUUUGUAGUGAGAUUCUUAUUUCAUCAUCUUUGAUAGAAGAUUCUGAAUAUUUUCGGAGAUUACUUCUUUUGAUGAGCUGCUGCUGGCCAUUGACGAGGGUGAACGUGUAGGUGUUAUUAAGUUUUCAUAAAGUGUACAGAAAUGAGUUUUGCCAGGUUAAAAGAGAAGCCACUGUUAACGAUCUUCAAUGUAUUA